AGAGAUUAGUGGUGUUGAUGAGCAUUAUACUCCAAUCAGAACUUACCAAGUGUGCAAUGUUAUGGAUCACAGUCAAAACAACUGGCUGCGAACAAACUGGAUUCCACGCAAUUCAGCUCAGAAGAUAUAUGUGGAGCUCAAGUUUACCUUGAGGGACUGUAAUAGUAUCCCUCUAGUUCUGGGCACUUGCAAAGAGACCUUCAAUCUGUAUUAUAUGGAGUCUGAUGAUGACCAUUCGGUAAAGUUCAGAGAGCAUCAGUUUACAAAGAUCGACACCAUUGCAGCUGAUGAGAGCUUCACCCAGAUGGAUCUCGGGGACCGAAUUCUCAAGCUGAAUACAGAAGUCCGUGAGGUGGGGCCUGUCCGCAGGAAAGGCUUUUACUUGGCUUUUCAAGAUGUAGGUGCAUGUGUUGCCUUAGUCUCGGUGCGAGUGUACUUCAAAAAGUGCCCUUUCACUGUCAAGAACCUCGCCAUGUUUCCAGAUACAGUACCCAUGGACUCCCAGUCACUGGUGGAGGUGCGGGGUUCUUGUGUCAAUCAUUCCAAGGAGGAAGAGCCACCCAAGAUGUAUUGCAGUACGGAAGGAGAAUGGCUAGUGCCCAUAGGGAAGUGCUUGUGUAAUGCUGGCUAUGAAGAAAGAGGCUUUGCGUGCCAAGCUUGUCGACCUGGGUUCUACAAAGCCUCUGCCGGUAACGUGAAGUGUGCCAAAUGCCCGCCUCACAGCUCUACCUACGAAGAUGCGUCUCUGAACUGCAGGUGUGAAAAGAAUUACUUUCGCUCUGAGAAAGAUCCUCCAUCCAUGGCUUGCACCAGACCACCAUCCGCUCCAAGAAAUGUUAUCUCUAACAUCAACGAGACGUCUGUUAUCCUGGACUGGAGCUGGCCUCUUGACACUGGAGGUCGGAAAGAUGUCACUUUCAACAUCGUUUGCAAGAAAUGUGGAGGAAACAUGAAGAUGUGUGAGCCGUGUAGCGACAACGUGCGAUUCUUACCCCGUCAGACUGGACUCACCAACACCACGGUGACAGUAGUGGACCUUUUGGCACAUACCAAUUACACUUUUGAGAUUGAUGCAGUCAACGGGGUAUCUGACUUGAGUACGCUUUCCAGACAAUUUGCUGCUGUCAGCAUCACAACUAAUCAGGCUGCUCCGUCCCCCAUCACAGUCAUAAGGAAAGACCGGACAUCCAGGAACAGCGUGUCUCUCUCUUGGCAAGAACCCGAACAUCCGAAUGGGAUCAUCCUGGACUACGAGGUCAAAUACUAUGAAAAGCAGGAACAAGAGACAAGCUAUACUAUUCUGAGGGCCAAAGGCACCAAUGUUACCAUCAGUGGCCUCAAACCUGAUACCACCUACGUCUUCCAAAUUCGAGCCCGAACUGCAGCUGGAUAUGGGACAAACAGCCGCAAGUUUGAAUUUGAAACCAGUCCAGAUUCGUUCUCCAUUUCCAGUGAGAAUAGCCAGGUUGUAAUGAUCGCCAUUUCAGCAGCAGUAGCCAUUAUUCUCCUGACAGUUGUGGUGUACGUCUUGAUUGGGAGAUUCUGUGGAUACAAGAAGUCUAAACAUGGCACUGACGAGAAAAGACUACAUUUCGGGAAUGGUCAUUUAAAACUCCCAGGCCUGAGAACUUACGUAGAUCCGCAUACAUAUGAGGAUCCCAACCAAGCUGUGCAUGAAUUUGCCAAGGAACUAGAUGCUUCUAAUAUAUCCAUUGAUAAAGUAGUUGGAGCAGGGGAAUUUGGAGAAGUGUGCAGUGGACGACUAAAGCUGCCUUCUAAAAAGGAAAUUUCGGUGGCUAUCAAAACCCUGAAAGUUGGCUACACAGAAAAACAGAGAAGGGACUUCCUGGGAGAAGCAAGCAUCAUGGGGCAGUUUGACCACCCUAAUAUCAUUCGGUUAGAGGGAGUCGUCACUAAAAGUAAGCCAGUUAUGAUUGUUACUGAAUAUAUGGAAAAUGGUUCCUUGGACAGCUUCCUACGGAAACAUGAUGCCCAGUUCACAGUCAUCCAGCUAGUAGGCAUGCUUCGAGGGAUCGCAUCUGGUAUGAAAUAUUUGUCAGAUAUGGGUUACGUCCAUCGAGAUUUAGCUGCUCGUAACAUCCUCAUCAAUAGUAACUUGGUAUGCAAAGUCUCAGAUUUUGGUCUCUCUCGUGUACUGGAAGAUGACCCGGAAGCUGCUUACACCACAAGGGGGGGCAAGAUUCCUAUCCGAUGGACAUCGCCGGAAGCCAUUGCGUAUCGGAAGUUCACAUCAGCCAGUGAUGCGUGGAGCUAUGGGAUUGUUCUCUGGGAGGUGAUGUCUUAUGGAGAGCGACCGUACUGGGAGAUGUCCAACCAGGAUGUGAUUAAGGCUGUUGAUGAAGGGUACCGCUUGCCACCUCCUAUGGACUGCCCAGCUGCCUUGUAUCAGCUGAUGCUGGACUGUUGGCAGAAAGACAGAAACAACAGACCCAAGUUUGAGCAGAUUGUCAGCAUCCUGGAUAAGCUGAUCCGUAAUCCCAGCAGUCUGAAAAUAAUCACCAAUGCGGCGGCAAGGCCAUCAAAUCUUCUCCUGGACCAAAGUAACAUUGACAUUUCAGCCUUCCGCACGACAGGUGAUUGGCUCAACGGUUUUCGGACAGGACAGUGCAAAGACAUUUUCACGGGUGUGGAGUACAGUUCCUGUGAUACAAUAGCCAAGAUUUCUACCGAUGACAUGAAGAAAGUCGGCGUGACAGUUGUGGGGCCUCAGAAGAAGAUUGUUAGCAGUAUCAAAGCUCUAGAAACUCAUACAAAGAACAGCCCUGUUCCUGUGUAAGGUACCAAAAUGAUGUUGCUCAGGAGAGAGAAAAAGAGAAAAGUUGCGUCACAGAUCAAAAGUGGUGGCUGAUAAACAGCAGAAUUUAAAGUUGUUCUUUGCAACAGCUUUGGAAACAUAAUGGUUGAGAUUUCAAACCCACUAAGACACUCAAACAUUGAGUAUAAAUGCCUUAAAAAUAGGAGCAAACUUGUUUUCUAUCUGUUAAUCCUAAAGGGUGGGUGCUCUUGUCUGACUGUUAAUGCAGAUAGUAAAUGUCAAAAGAAAAAAAAUAUGUAAAAAAUCCUUCCAA